UGAUGCCCGUUUUCACCAAGACAUCCUAAAUUUUAGGAAACUUUUAACUCAUUUUAAGGAUCUCCUAAGCGUAGAAUGGUUUUCACCACUGACGAACUGUCACUUAAAUCCGUUAGGGACUUCCUAAAUUUAGGAGGUGGAAUUUCGGCCUCAUAAACGUUAGGUGACAGUUUUUGUGUUCGCAAAAUAUAUUUUAUAGCUACAAAAUGAGUGAUUUUAUCGACACUAUUGAGGCUAUCGAAUUGAUCACAGAUCGUGUAUUAUGGGAUCGACCACGUAUAUUCCGUGAGAGAACGGAUUACUUCCAAAAAUAUGACGACUUGGACUUUUUUAGAAGGUUCAGGUUAACUAAAAGAAGUGUCCUUUUCCUGCUAACAAAAAUCGAAUCAAAAAUUGAGUUCCAGGAGGAUAGAAACCACUCUAUUCCACCAAUUAAUCAAUUACUCAUGACAUUGCGCUACUAUGCCACUGGUAAUCAUUUACUCGCAAUCGGAGAUCUCGGAGGAUUCAGUGUAGCCUCAUGUAGCCGCAUAGUUAAACGAGUCACUGAAGCCAUCGUAAGCCUACGAGCAGAAUUCAUUAAAUUUCCAGAGUCCGAAGAAGAACAGAGAAAAGUCAAAUGGGAUUUCUUUAAAAUAGCAAAGUUCCCUAAUGUGUUAGGCUGCAUAGAUUGUACACACGUAAGAAUACAAUCACCUGGAGGCGAUGAUGCUGAAAUUUUCCGUAAUAGGAAAGGAUACAUGUCCAUUAAUGUUCAAACAAUUAGCACUGCCCAAUUAUUAGUAACAGAUGUAGUGGCACGAUGGCCUGGAUCAACCCAUGAUUCAGCUAUCUACCAAAACAGCAACCGAUACAAUAAAUUUGAAAGAGGAGACUACGGCUGCGGCUACUUAUUGGGAGACAGUGGCUAUCCUCUAAAGUCACAUCUCUUAACACCACAUGUACAUCCAAUCACGCAAGGCCAACAAAGAUUUAAUGAAGCCCAAAUUAAAACUAGAAAUGUUGUGGAACGACAGUAUGGAGUCCUGAAAAGAAGAUUCCCAGUUUUAGCUGUUGGUAUCAGACUGAAACUGAAGACUGCAGUGAAUGUUAUACUGGCCUGUUGUAUCCUGCAUAACUUCUGUAUAUUAAACAGGGAGCCGGAACCCGCCAAUGAAGGUCUUCUCCAGAACUUAAAUGAGUUAAUAGAUAAUGGGCAGAUACAUUUCCCAUUAGAUGGUGUUGCGGACCCAAUUUAUGGAUUUCGAAGAGACCAAGUUACGGAAUAUUUUGAAAAUAUUGAUAAUAAUUAAAUGUUAAACUUUUAUACUUACUUUGAAUUUGUUUUAGUAUUUCUACUUUUAUUUCCAGCUCCUUUUCAGCUGUAGUUAAUUGUAUUUUGUACAAGCUAUCUUUAAAU